AUGAUGUUGACUCAGGCUGGAAGCAAUGUUGUGAUGAUUUUUUUGGGAUUGGCUUUGAGAUUCGGCUCUAUCUGUGCCCUUCCUCAACAAGCUAGCGUUAGCCUUUUCGAAUUCCUUCCCGCCGGCGAAUCCAACACCGUGGUAGGGACAGAGUGGGCGCAACCUAUCGGGACUGCUAGUGAUGGCUCCGAAACCACGUUUAUCUUGGAAAAUGUUGUUACUGCCUCCGGACUCGUGUCUACCAGUGGCGCGAUCAUACUAACGACUGUCACUACGACGGCUAUAGAAACUGUCGUUGUCUCUGCCUCUGGAUGGGUUCAAUCCAAUUUUCCCACCACCACUGCUGCCGGUUCAACGCAACUCGGCGGAGGUCUCGAUUGCCAUUUUACGGCCUCCGCCAGUGGCGAAUGCGUCGAAGAGGAAGUUCUUGACGAUGGAUCCACCUCGACGCGAACGCUCAGUGGAGACGUGAUCACUCAAAUCUUUCCGAUCUCUACUGGGACGUUGCCCAGUGGUGCGGGUGUGGUUGCAAGUACAUCUGGGAAUUCACAAUCCACGAUUACUGCAGUGUCUACAACAAGCUCCAGUGGUCAGACCACGACCUCCACUUCCUCCAGCUCGACCUCGGCUUCCUCCAAUGCUUCAUUAUCUGACAAGGGACUUGGCGUUGGAUUGCUCACAGUGGUAGUUAGUGGGAUGAUUUUUGGUGCUUCUUCAGUCGCGUUUCUUUGA